AUGGGAAAUCUCAAGCAAGAUCUGUCUCACGAGACGCCCUGUCACCCGCGCGCUUGCGCCAUUCAAGACUGCUUAACCAAGAAUGGGUACAACGAGGCAAAAUGCCAGGCGCAGAUUGACGCUCUUUACGAAUGCUGCAACGCCUUUUAUCAGGAGCGAGGAGAUCACGCGUCCGUUGUGAGCUGCCCGAAGGCGGGCCUGCUACGAUUGAAGAUGAAGCAGCGGGCGGAGGCAGCGAGCCAGAAUUAA